ACUGGUGAGCAGACACUCACAGACACAAUAUAAGGAGAAAAGACUGUAGAGAAGGAGAAAGACUGAGAAAGUCUUGGAAAUAUGCUGCAUCUGUUUACCACUGACAUCUCCUCCUGAAUCCCUUCAGUCCUUACAGAAGCUUCACAUUGGAUGACUAUGGCGCUGCCUGCGGCCUUUCUUUCUGAAGACCAGUUCACCUGCUCGAUCUGUCUUGAGGUGUUCAACAACCCAGUCUCAACACCAUGCGGCCACAGCUUCUGCCAGGCCUGCAUCUCCUACUACUGGGAUGGAGGAGGAGGCGCCAAAUUCUACCAGUGUCCCCUCUGCAAGGAGUCCUUCCGCAAGCGGCCAGAGCUCCAUAUCAACCGAACUCUGAAGGAAAUCACUGAACAGUUCAAGGAGAUGGCCAAUGCUGGAGAGCCAAUGGAUGGAAGAGAAGGAGGAGUGGAGGAUCCAAAUUCACAUCAUCACCACCUGGCCCUGUCUCCACCCCAGAGGCCAGGAGAGAUGCCAGAGACCAUCUUUACUGAAAUGAUGACUCUUUUUCAGCAGCUGCCGACUCCUGGGUUUCCUCCCUCCUACCCCAAUGACCCUCAACCCCAAAGCCCCAACAGUGAGCCCCUCGACCCGCCUCCACCCUACUCACCUCCCCACAGACGUAGGUACACUCUGAGCGGUCCCGGUGACUCCUCCCCCAAUGUGCCUCUGUGUCCCAUCCACCCGAGAGGUCUCGAGUUCUUCUGUCGUACUGAUAACACCUGCGUCUGCUGCAACUGUGUGGAGACAGGAGACCACCGAGGACACAACGUCAUCCCUGCCAAGAGAGAGUGGCACAACAAGAAGUCCCAGGUAGGUAUUGUAGAGCUGGAGCUGAAGAAUCUCAUCUGUGUGAGAGAGAGCAAAGUGGAGGAGAUACACAACUCCUUACGAGAAAUACAGGCUGCUGCUGAGAGAGAGACGGAUGGAACUGUUUGCAUGUUUUCCAAGCUGAUUUCCAGUUUGAAGCGCUGCCAAGCUGAAGUCUUGGAGGUGGUAGAGAUGACUCGGCGUGCGGUUGAGCACAGAGCUCAGGGCCUGCUGAGGGAGCUGGAGGAGGAGAUCGCUGAGCUAAAGAAGAGGAGUACAUCACUGAGCCAGCUGGCUCUGUCUGAAGACUACGUACUGUUUCUCAGGAGGUUCCCUGCCCUGUCCACCCCUCCACAAGCUAAGGACUGGUCCAGUGUCUCUGUAGGGUCUCAGCUGACCUCAGGGGUGAUUCUCAGGACUGUCAAUCAAAUGAUGGAGCGCUUUGGAGAAGAGAUGCAGAAACUGCCCAAAGCCUGCCAGCAAUCCUUGUUGGACCAGUCCGUACCCAGGCCCAACCCAAAGAUUAGGAGGGUACAAGAAUAUGCAGACGAUAUCACUUUAGACGCCAACACAGCCCACCAACGUCUCAUCAUCUCAGCAGAUGGGAGGCAGGUGCACUGUGGAGAUCGCAAUCAGUCGGUGCCCGACAACCCGGAGCGCUUUGACCGGGUGGUGUGUGUGCUCGCCCGCCAGGGCUUCAACUCAGGACGGCAUUACUGGGAGGUGGAGGUGGGAGCAAAGACUGACUGGGACCUGGGAGUGGCAAGUCGGUCCGUCAAUCGGAAGGGCAAAGUCAAGGUAAGCCCCGCCCAUGGCUACUGGUUCCUCAGCCUGCGGGAUCGUACUGAGUACGCCUUCCGAACAGAAUCCUCAACCAACCUGACAGUCAGCCUCAGACCCUCCCGGAUUGGAAUCUAUGUGGAUUAUGAUAAAGGACUGGUGUCCUUCUACAACGUGGAGGCCAGAUUGCUCAUUUAUACAUUCACAGAUCAUUUUUCUGACACCAUCCAUGCGUUCUUCAGCCCCUGUACCAAUAAAUCAGGACGGAACGAGGCUCCACUGAUCAUUUGUCCUGUUGCAAAGACAGAAUGAAAUGAGCCAACAAGUUAAGGACAUCUUCACUAAUGAGCCUCCACAUGCGUCUGUGUAUGUUGGAAGAAGACUAAGAUGCACAAGCAUACCUCUGGAACAGAUGUGAUCACAUCUGCAUUCAUUCCUUCAUUGCAAUAGAGCAGUGGUUCCCAACCUUUUUUCUGUAAAGUCCCAGUGAAACAGAAUAUUUGAGCUAUGUACAGUUACAAGAGGCAUUGAAAUAGAAUCUUUCACAUGUGAUUGGACUGCUACAAAGUGGGCAGGCUUAGCAUGUAGCAUGAUAAGGAGCUACAGAGGACUGUGG